AUGGAGGACUUCCACAACCCUGAACUGCAGCAACAUGCUCGUGGAAGAGCAAUUGGAAGACGUGUAAGAAUACGUGGUGGUGGUGUUGGAGGAGGUGACAUCAUUAGGAAGCUCAGCAAUUCAUACUGGACCGCGUUCACAUACCUGCACCCUAAUAAGACACGCAUAGAGCUUGGGCUGAAGGGAUUUGGAACAGAACUCCAUAUCAUAAUGUUUGGGAGAGUCUGGACCAAAUCUUCAGUGGUGUCCUUGGACAACUGGCAUUCAAUUUGCAUGACCUGGUCCAACUCCAUGACUGAACCAAAAGUCUAUGUCAAUGGAACCAAAGUAGAAUUAAAACCACAGUCUAAAGGAACGGCUCUGCAGCCUUACUGCUGUAGCGUGGCUGCCGGUGGCACUCUGACUCUAGCUGUGGCCCACAAUUUUGUGAAGAACAAGAUAAGCAUCGAGACGGGCACUGAACUGAAGGGCAGCUUAAGUCUAUUCAGGGUGUGGGAACGAGUACGCAGUGCUCAAGACAUAUCCAGGAUGGCCUGCAUUGAUGGGGAUAUUCUGCAUUGGGAGAAACGAAUCUGGAACAAAGCCCAGGACUGUAAGCCUAUACAAGACGUUACGCAAAAGUGCGACUGGCCUUUUUAUGAAGUAAAAUUAGUGCUUAUCAUCAUUCGUGAAGACGGAAACAAAACAAACAUUUACGAUGCCCCAGAAGUUGCUCAUCAGUGGUUGACAAAAGCAUUAGAAGAAUGGCCGACACAUGUAUAUUUGCAUAAAGUGAAAGUGUUCCCUAUAGGAAGCGCUCUUACACGCUCCAGUGGAAGUGCAAAGGGGGGAACCAUGCAACUGUUUGCCACCAGUCCUGGACUCAGCCAGUUUGAUUGCUUGGCUCACCUGAAUGUGAUUCCUAAUGCUGAUGUAGGACAAAUGCAGGAUGAACUCACUGAGAUCCUCGCCAAGCGUUACAAAAUUGACCACUAUGAAAUAAAAACAGAUGCUAACUUCAUCUUCAUAUAUCCUCUUGAUGAUCUCUUCCCGGACCUAGACACAAACCCACCCUUAACCGCGACUGAGUCUCUGCAUCGUACAACUGAAACACGAACAACCACAAUUCCUCAGCUGACGUCUACAACUACUGAGAUUAUUACUACUGCAAAAACAACAGGCACAACACCCAAUCAAGUGGCAAUAACAACAGAAGUUGUUUCAUCCUCAACUGAAACAAAAAAAAUCACUACAUCCACACCAUUCAUGGAAACAACCCUGGCAGGAAGUUCCACGACUUUUUUAUCCUCCACAAGAAGUCUUACAUUAAAUACAGCCGCAUGCUCUUCUACUAUUUCACCUGAAGGAAACAUAUCAGAAAGUUAUUUCAGUGUCAAUGUCAAUGUGACUAUCAAUGGCUCUGGUGACCCUGAGAACAUAAUUACAACCUGGCUUCAUGAAACUCUUUCUAGCAAAGGAAUACACAUGUUGCACUUUAAACUCUUGACUUCCUCAACACAUGCACGAAAACGAAGUGUGGAAACAAAAUCAUUCAAAGUGGAUAGAAAGCGGUCUCUGCUUUCAGUAACAAGCCAUAGCUGUGGCUUUCAUGCCCAGGUAACAACUUCCUCAGACAUCAGAGAGACAGAAAAAUGGAUUCAUGGGCUUCUGGAGAAACAAUACACCAGUGGAGCAGUACUCUUAUAUGCCCAACCUGAGGACAUUUUAAUUUCUUAUAUUGGGCCAUGUCCUGAGCACAACCAUCACACCAGGCAAGGGCUUUUCAAUUGGCCCCAAAUUGGGGUUCAGCACAACACCUCACUUUCCUGUGUGGGAAACCCUGAAAAGAUAGCCUAUAGGCAAUGUCUUCUGGAUGCAAACGUUGGAGCUCUUUGGAAAUCUCCAGACCUGGGGCAAUGCCAGGUUGUGGUCAACAGUGUGUCAGACCUGGAGGACAUUACAGUCACUAAUGACAAUGCAGAAGAUAUUCUGAUCAUGAUUGAGGACUUGAUACAUGAGAACAAAAAUCUGGAUGAGUACGAGCUCUCAACGGUACUGGAUAAACUAGCCGAUGUGAUUAACGUUAGCGUGAUCACGCCUCUGCUGGGAGAGGUCAUCAUCAACAUCACAUCUGACAUCCUGGAGUCUGACAGCAACCUUCUGCCUUUCACCAACAGAUUCCUGUAA